AGCGAUUUUCUUUGCCCGACGGUGCAGCUGCGCGCUUGAGUUGUGGCCAUGGCUCGUCGGUGCAGGACCCUCGGCGCCUGCCUCCUGGCGGCGUUCGGUGUCCUGAGCUGCUUCGUGAGCUUCCCGGCGCCGCAGGAGUCCAGAGUAGCCAUGAAGGCAUCCAUCAUGGCGCAGGAGACCAAGCAGAAGCAGCCAAAGUUCAAGUACGAGAGCCAGCUCAUUGGCCUCAGCCCAGAGGAGAUCCAGGCGCGGAAGCAGCGGGCCCUAGACAUUUGGGAGUCUUUGAAGCCGGACGUGGAGCAAGAGAUGGAGAGGUACCAAACUUUCCGACCGGACAAGUUCGAAGAGUUCAUGAAAGCCGACAGCCGAGGGGUGGCUCUCUUUGAGCUCUACAAGCCGGGCACGCCCGAGUACGCCGAGCUCUUCGAGGAGGUGCUGGGGCCUUUCCUCUUGGACCUGGCCAAGGGCAAGCUCUCGGAAGGACUGUACCAGGCCAUUGGCGUCAUCGUGGUAGUGGGCAUCCUCGCCUGGCUCUUUGCCUUCUUCGGCACGGACAUUGUGCAGGGCGUGACCUCACCGUUCUCGGGCUUCGCCCAGCAGUUCACCGAGCUCUAUGGCUUCUGAGCGCCCCUUUAGGGGACGCGACGGGAGGUUUUAGGGAGCAACUCAAAGGGCACCAGGACAGCGGUUUUACUGAUUCGGUGAGCCAACUGAUUUGUCAAAUCA